AUGCGAUGCUAUUUCAAUGGAACUCUGCUGAUGAGUGUGCUGCCGCCAGUGUUGGUGACAGAGUUUUUAUUUGGAGUCCUUGGAAAUGGUUUGGCCCUGUGGAUCUUCUGCUUCCACAUGAGGCCCUGGAAGAGCAGCACGGUGUUAUUCUUCAAUUUGGCGAUGGCGGAUUUUCUGCUCAACAUGUCUUUGCCUUUCCGUGCCAUCUACUACAUCUCAGACAUCCAGUGGAAGUUUGGACACGCUCUGUGCAACAUCUGCCUCUUCAUGUUGGCAAUGAACCGCAGUGGAAGUACCCUCUUCCUGAUGGCUAUCGCUGUGGACAGGUACAUGCGUGUGGUCCAUCCCCAUCAUCCCAUCAACUCUCUGAGUAUCUCCAAAGCCAUGUGUGGCGCACUUGCAAUGUGGUUGCUCACCAUCUCAUUGACAGUUCACGUCUUCAAUCUGAAACACGUCAACACAACCCGCUGUGAGAGCUUCACGGUUGAUACAGAAAUGCACUAUCAUCUGAACUGGCACACGUUUGAGUUUCUCUUUUCCUUCUAUUUUCCUAUGCUGGUGGUUCUCUACUGCACAUUCCACAUUAUUGUCUCCCUGCGAAGGAGACAGUUGGCCCAGCAGGCAAAGAUUAAGAAGGCUCUCAGGUUCAUCGUUCUGGUGGCGGUGCUCUUCCUCAUUUGCUAUCUCCCAAGCAACAUCGCACAGCUGCUGAUUUGGAUCCAGACCAAACAAUUAACCAGCAAACUCCCCGAUACUGAAGUUUGCUCUGCUCUGGAGGACCUGACCGUUGUGUUUUUCAUCACUAUUAGCCUGACCUAUCUCAACAGCGUGUUGGAUCCUGCCGUCUACUACUUCUCCAGCCCUACCUUCAAGAACAUCUGCAGGAAAGUUCUUCAUCUCUCCCAGACGGACACUGCUAAAAGCACAAGGAGGAAAAUUCGAGAAACAGGCUCCCAGUCGCUCAGCCAGCUCUGA